AUGGCAUCCACUCGCUUCACAGGGCCUUCGUGCCAUGAUCUUGACAAUACUCUGCGUAUUGAUGCUGGCUCAUGUCGCGGAGGAUUCGACUUUUCUCUUUUGUUCGAGGAAUCAAUCCUCCAAAUAUUACCUAUUCUUUUAAUGCUAAUCAUUGCUCCUGUUCGACUUUGGCAACUCUCACACACUCGAAACAAAGUCGUGAGCUCCUUUUUGGUGUUUAUCAAGCUUGCAGCUUGGUUGGCUUUACUGGGACUUCAAAUCGCACAGACAGCCCUAUGGGCUCUUCCGGCAGCCGACAGGACGAAGACAUCUAUCCCAGCUAAUGCAUUGCUGACUGUCGGCGUGCUUGUGCUGAGUUUGCUUUCAUAUGCAGAACAUGUGCGCUCGGUGAAACCAUCUUUCAUUUUAAAUACCUACCUCUUCUGCAGCCUGCUUUUCGAUAUUGCUCGGUCGAGGACGCUAUGGCUGCGCAGCGAAGAUUCAUUCAACACCACCAUUGCUAUUAUUACUACGGUUGCAGUUGGCGUCAAGUGUUUGCUUUUUAUUCUGGAAGCUAUCGAAAAGAGACAUAUCUUGCAAUCGGAAUAUGCAGGCUAUCCACCAGAAGCCACAGCGGGUUUCUAUAACCGUGCUAUGUUCUGGUGGCUGAACCCACUUUUCAAAAUUGGCUUCAAUGGUGCUCUUCGCGUGGAGGACUUAUUUGCCCUCGAUAAGGAGCUUGGUUCCGAGCGUCUCCUGGCUCGAUUCUCACAAAAAUGGAGCAAAGUCAACACCAAAGCCCCGAAUACUUUGCAAUGGGAGUCUAUGAAGGCUGCCAAAUGGCCACUGCUCGCUGGUAUCCCCGCAAGAGCCUGUGUCGUAGCUUUCAACUUCUGUCAGCCUUUGCUCCUGGAAAGAUCGCUAUCUUUCUUCAAUUCUCCCGUUGACCCGUCUAACACGAACAUUGGAUAUGGUCUUAUUGGAGCAUACAUCAUGGUGUAUGGCGGCCUGGCAAUCUCCAUGGGACAAUACCAGCACCUUACGUACCGCGGAAUUACCAUGGUGAGAGGAGUGCUUAUUACAAUGCUUUACAAGAAAGCCACAUGUCUCACCCUGAGUGACGCCGACCCGGCAAACUCAAUGACUCUUAUGAGUGCGGACGUUGAGCGCAUCACGCAGGGCUGGUCUACCCUCCAUGAAAUCUGGGCUAAUUCCGUCGAAAUUGCCCUUGCCAUCUACCUCUUAGAACGGCAGCUCGGUAUUUCUUGCAUUGUGCCCGUCUGCGUUGCACUUUUCGCCUUGGUUGGCUCACUGGUGGGCAUGUCUUUCGUUGUCGCUCACCAGGCCAAGUGGCUGGAGGCUAUCGAGAAGCGUAUUUCCUCUACUUCCGGUAUGCUUGGGUCGAUCAAGGGAGUCAAGAUGCUCGGUCUGCAAGAUUCCUUCAUGAAGUUUGUGCAUGGACUUCGACUCAGCGAAUUGGAUAUCUCCAGAAAAUUCCGAACCCUUCUGGUUUACAACAUGGGUUUCGGCUGGUUGACACGCAUAUUUGCCCCGAUCUUCACUUUUGGUAUCUAUGUUGGCAUCUCGAGCGAGCCAUUGAAUGUUUCUCGCGUUUUCACUUCUUUGUCUCUAUUUUCGCUUCUCGCAGACCCGCUCCUGACUCUCGUCAUGGCGCUGAUGUCAUUUGCCGGCGCGGUCGGAUCUUUCCAACGCAUCCAGGAAUUCCUUGAGAAGGAUACCUAUUCCGAUGGCCGACAGAAACCCUCUGAAACUCAGUCCCACGACAAUAUUGAUGAGAAGCGCCUGCUUCCCAAAUCCGUCGAUCUCGAUCUCGGUUCCAUUCACACUGACUCGACUGAGUCCUUCAUGCGCCUCAGUACCCCCUGUUCUUCUAAUGCCAUGGUGAUUGAAGGUGGAAGCUUUGGAUGGGAGGCAGACAAAGAUGCGAUUCUCAAGGACAUCAAUGUGACUGUCGCCAACGGCAGCUUUACCAUGCUCAUCGGACCUUCUGGGUGUGGAAAGUCGACACUUCUCAAGGCUCUUCUUGGAGAGAUCCCAUCCGCGCACGGCAAAGUUGAACUCUCGUCCUCCAGUGUUGCAUUCUGUGAUCAGACUCCGUGGCACAUGAACGGAACUAUCAAAGAAAGCAUUGUUGCCAUGUCUGGUUAUGAUCCCAAAUGGUACGCCUCAGUGCUCCAGGCAUGCGCCUUGGAGGAGGAUCUCGCACAUUUCCCACGCGGUGACGCUGCUGUCAUCGGAAGCAAAGGUGUCGCUCUGAGUGGAGGUCAAAGUCAACGCAUCGCGCUCGCUCGUGCUGUCUACGCCCGCCGCAAGAUCAUCAUUCUCGAUGAUGCCCUUAGCGGCUUGGAUGCAACAACCGAGAACCACAUCUUCCACAGCCUCUUCGGUCAAAUGGGUCUUUUCCGCCAAUUCGGAACUUCCGUCAUUGUCGCUUCAUCUUCUGUGACCCGCCUUCCCUACACUGAUCACAUUGUUGUCUUGGAAUCAGAUGGCCGGAUCUUGGAGCAAGGCACCUUCGCUUCCCUGAACAAGACCGGUGGAUACGUUUCAAGCUUCGGACUUGGUUCACCUGACUGGGAAUACACUAAUCGGCGCUACUCGGGAUCUACAACCUACUCCAGCGUCGGCACUACUCUGAAAGAGAAGGAGUCAUUGGUUCAGGAGCCAGAGAUUCAAGAGCCAGAGAACCACGACGCUGGUGGCGAUCUAGGAAUCUACACCUACUAUGUCAGCGCCAUUGGCUGGUUCCCAGCCGUCUUUUUCGUGGUCGCCAUUGCCGGAUUCGUCUUCUGCAUUUCCUUCCCCAGCAUCUGGCUCAAAUGGUGGGCCCAGUCUGACACUGCCCACCCCAAACAGGAGAUUGGCCACUACCUUGGUAUCUACGUGAUGCUGGGCUGUGUUGCAAUGCUCUCUUUGAUUGCUGGCUCUUGGGAAAUGAUCAUCAAGAUGGUCCCGAAGUCGGGCGAGUUCUUCCACCGCAAGCUUUUGACCACUGUUCUCAGUGCGCCUAUGUUGUUCUUCUCUUCCACGGAUAGUGGUGCUAUCCUCAACAGAUUCAGUCAAGAUUUGAUGCUCAUCGACAUGGAACUCCCCAUCGCUGCCAUCAACACCGUUGCGACAUUCUUCCUUUGCCUCGCCCAGAUGGCACUGAUCGGUGUCUCUUCCAAAUACGCUGCUAUUUCAUUCCCAUUCGUUCUCGCUCUGCUUUUCAUCAUCCAAAAAAUCUAUCUGCGCACUUCACGCCAGCUUCGUUACCUCGACCUUGAGGCCAAGGCUCCGCUCUACUCUCACUUCACGGACUGUCUUCAGGGCCUGGUGACCCUGCGCGCAUUCGGUUGGCAACACGCUAUGGAGCAGAAGAACAUUGAGCUCCUCGAUCUCUCACAGCGUCCAUUCUAUUUCAUGUUUGCUAUUCAACGCUGGCUUACUCUGUCUCUCGACAUGGUGGUCGCUGGUAUUGCCGUUCUCCUUAUCAUCCUGGUCGUCGCCCUCCGUGGAUCCGCUCUGAGUGCUGGAUCCGUCGGUGUCGCUUUGUUGAACGUCAUCCAGUUCAGCCAGAGCAUCAAGCUUGUGGUCACCUUCUGGACCAACUUGGAAACUCACAUCGGUUCCAUCCAGCGUGUUAAGGACUUUACCACUACUGUCGAAUCGGAGGACAAGGCUGGUGAAGACAAGGAUGUUCCCCCCAACUGGCCUUCCAACGGAGCAAUCAAAUUCGAUUCUGUCUCCGCGGCUUACAGGCCCAAUGAGCCAGUUCUCAACAACGUUUCUCUGAACGUCAUGGCCGGUGAGAAAGUCGGCAUCUGUGGUCGAACCGGAAGUGGGAAAACAUCUAUGAUCAUGAGUCUCUUCCGAAUGAUGGAGUUGACCAGCGGCACCAUCACAGUUGACGGAGUCGACAUCAGCCAACUUCCCCGACGAGAGAUCCGAUCCCGCAUCAACGGCGUCUCCCAAGACUCCCUCCUCUUCAAGGGCAGUGUACGCCUGAACGCGGAUCCAACCGGAUGCUACACCGACAAAGAUAUCUUGGCAGCGCUCAAAAGCGUUCAACUCCUCCCUGUGCUGCAAGAAAAGGGCAACCUGGACACGGACAUCGACGAGAUCCACUUGUCGCACGGCCAAAAACAACUUUUCUGCCUUGCUCGCGCUAUCCUUCGCCCGGGCAACAUCCUAGUCCUGGACGAGGCUACUAGCAAUAUUGAUACCAAAACCGAUGAGAUUAUGCAACGUGUGAUUCGUGAGAAGUUCUGCGGUCAUACUAUUAUUUCCGUGGCACACAAGCUCGAUACAAUCCUUGAUUACGAUCGCAUUGUUGUCUUGGAUGCAGGUCAGAUUGUUGAGAACGGGGAGCCUUGGACUUUGCUCAAGGAGCCAAAGUCUCAUUUCAGCAAACUCUAUGCGAGUGCUGCGACGAUGGAUGAGCUGGAUUAA